AUGGCUGAGCGAGACUACGAUCCGUCCCUGGAGUUUCCUGGGUUCGAAAACCCAGAGGAGCUAGAACAAGCACCGCAAAUCAAACGUCAGCCGUUUUCUCUGGUCCUGCUGAAGAGCGCCGUGCUUUCGACAAAGAGGCGCGUCGUUGACAUCACCCAGCAUCUUGAAGUCUCUAUUGGUCGCGAUCGUCCAACUGGAAGCUCCUCGUCUCCCAGGCUCCGCUUAAAGGAAAUGGCCGUGUCCAAGUAUCAUGCCAUCUUAUACUGGGACGCGCAACGGGACCUGUGGGGUCUUGUUGAUGUUGGGAGUGUCCAUGGGACGUUUGUUCAGGCUGAGGGUGGAGCCUCGAGACGAUUAUCGCCACCCAAAGUGGCCAGUCAUCCACACUUUUUGCGACAUCUGGAUGUAAUUACCAUUGGAGGGACGCAUCUGCAAUGUCACAUGCAUCCAAGCAAAGAGGGUGCAUGCAGUCAAUGCGAACCCAAUGCGAGCAACCUUAUUCCCCUCACAUACCCAGACGCCAUUGCUCAGAAGGAGUCUGCCCCAGAAGGGCAUGUUCAUCCUUCUAGCGAUCCCAAAGCAUCGAUGGCGAGUUUAAAGAAGCAGCUAUUAGCAAGGCACGACCACAGUCCACGAGGGUCGCCUGGCCCAUCAGUAUAUGUGGACAGAGCUGCUUUACGCAGAGAACAUCUAGGAGUCUCGCAACCACCCGUAUUACCACCUCCUACCACUGUUCUACAACCCACCACGACUCGACGCUCAAAUCCGUAUGCUCGACUGAGCAACGCCCCAACACCAGAACGUGCAGAGCCGCCAACACCACCGCCAGCUAUUUCCGAAUCCAACAUUGGGCACCGGCUUUUAGCCAAGCAAGGGUGGCAGCCGGGAACAGGAUUGGGUGUCGAUCAGACUGGCCGUGCAGAGCCUGUGAUACUCAAGUCAUCGGACAAGCGAGCAGGCUUAGGGAUGCCAUCUUCUGAAGUUUAA